GGAAAUGAAAGCCAUUAUGAAUAAGAAGAGAUAUAGGAAGCUCCUACAAAAAGAGACAGAUGAUUUUUCUAAGAUCCAAAGAGCCAGAUUAACUGAUUCAAUGAUGAGUAACUUCCAAAAUGGCUUAUCAGUGCUUGGUAUGGCCAAAACAUCACAGGAGGCAGAUACUUCUAAUAAGCUUCCUAAUGGAGGAGAUUUAAUUGACAGUUCAUUCCUGGAUGAAAACCAGGAUUAUGGAAACGUAGCUGCAAUGCACAAUCAAUACUUCUUGUGGGAAAACCGUAAGCUCGAGUGCAAGGUUGAGGCCCUUAAGCAGACAGUGAGUAAAUACUCCAAGAAGAACUUUAGCUUGAGAGCAAGCAUGAAGAAAAACAAAAAUGUAGACCAAAUCAAAGCAAUUAAGCAAGACAGAUUCGAAUGGCAGAUGCGCUGCCAGAAGGCCGAGGAGAGGCUUGAACUUCUAGAGGAUGUUGAAGAGGUCGUACAUCAAAAACAGCAGCUAGAGCAAACUCUUAAAGAAGCUCAUAAUCAGCUCAAGCUUUGACAAAAGGAAAAUGAAGCUGAAUUGAAUGAAAACCAGAGACUCAGAGCAGAAAUUGAGAAGAGAGUUAAGGAAAAAUUUAAAGAGUAUGGCUCUUCACAACUUCAAGGAAGUGAACAAGACUUCAAGACUUUAUUUACAAUGAUGAAUAGGAGGAUUGAGAACAUCCUUGAGUGCCCUCUUACAAGGGAUAGAAUAAAAACACCCAUGAUCUUGCCCUCUGGGAAUACUAUAGACAAGUCUUUUAUGGAUUAUCUUGUGCCUGCAAGGAAGCCAGAUCCAUUUGAUAAGACCAAAAUUUGUGAUAGAAGAAUUCAUAACCUCUUUGUCUCAAAUGUAAUAGAUAUCAUGGAUGAGGUCCAUGAAUAUAUAAAAAAUAUCAAAUCUGAAAGCCCUGAAGAGGCUGUUCCCAUCCCAAAUGACUCAGGAGUUAAUUCAAGCUCUAAGAAGAAGAGAGGAAAACUCAAAGGAAGAAAGUGCCAGAGCUUUAUGAACUCACAAAUGACUCAAACUAAUGAUGACAGAAAAUUUGAAUCUAGAGGAUGACAGACUAAACUUACCCCUCUGGGUCUUGGAAGUGUUCCUACUCAGGGAGCAUUGCCUGUUAGUUCAUGUGCUAGAUCCUCUACUCUUGAAUCAGAGAAGGAAUCUAUUGUUGAAGAGCAAAAAGAGGAGGAGGAGAAAAACAUAAACUCUGAGGAUAGCUCAAGAUUUCAAGAACCAAACCAAAAACUCUUGAGUAAACUUAUAGUUGGCGAUAAUGGAGUUUCUGAAGAACUUAAUGAUAAUCUAAGUCAAAGCUCAGAAGAAUCCGUGCACCAACUACAGCCAUUUAAAGUAUCCCUUGUCCCCGAAGGAAUGCAGAAACCUCAGGUUGUGGGUAUCGACUUUGAGAAUGAGGACGAGCAAGUGGAUCCCCAUCCAUCACGAUAUAAUUUAAGAAGAACUAAAUUGAGAAGACUGGAAAUGAAACACAACUUCUCCGAUAUCUUGAGCAUUAUCAAAUCUGAGCAAUUUGCUUUCCUUGAAGACAACAAGAAAAAGCAGAGAGCCAGAGGAAGAAAUGUUAAGAGUACUUAUAAAAAAAUUGGGCAUGUUCAAAGAAAGAAGAGAAAAAGAGCUCCCACUAAGAUUUCUAUUUUGAAUAAAUAUUCAGGGUCCAAAGAUGUGUUAACCCAAGCUGAAGCUAAAAUUGAGCAGUCUCAGUAAUUCAGUAAAAGCAGUUACUAAACCAUUACCCAGCCAGUAUGGAUUUAGCACAUAGAAAGAGUACUUCUUUGUGGGCUUGCCAACUUCUUGAGG